AUGCCUGUUACGAGGUCAAGAUUGGCCUCAAAGAAUCAUGAGAUGUGCACCAUCUGUAGCAAGCCAAACGGUGAUAACUGGAUAUCGUGCGAGUUAUGUGAGAGAUGGACUCAUGGUGAGUGUAUGGGCUACUCUGUGGAUGAGUACAAAUUCCUGGAACGAUCUGCAAAUGUGAAACUUAUGUGUACUGGUUGCUCAACUACCGGAUCAAAACUGGGCGGUGGGAAAUGUCACGAGGACAUCACUCGUGGUAUUGAAGAGCUGAAGGAUACACUUCAAAUAGCCAAGUCGGUAAUGCAGUCAAUCACAGAUGCAUCGAAUGCUCCUCAAAAUCAGAAGGCUAAGUAUUCAGAUGUGCUUAAAUCAGAAGUGAUCGUCAAAAUUGAUGACUGUCAUUUCCGGCUCCGAUAUUUUCGCAAACAACUGGCAAAGUUGGGCCUUGGCAAAGUUGGAGCCAAGGCCAAGACCCGAUCAAGCCGAGCUGGACUGCAGUUCCCUGUUGGAAGAAUCCACCGAUUCAUCCGCAAGGGCAACUACGCUGAGCGAGUUGGUGCUGGAGCCCCAGUCUACCUUGCUGCUGUGCUCGAGUACUUGACUGCUGAGAUCCUUGAGCUGGCUGGCAACGCUGCCAAAGACAACAAGAAGUCCAGGAUCAUCCCCAGACACUUGCAGUUGGCCAUCAGGAACGACGAAGAGUUGAACAAGCUGCUCCUGCAUCUUCACUCAUGA